AUGUCUGAUCAUCAUCCCAAGAAACGAAUGAAGACACUUUUUUCUUUCUAUAAGAAAGAUGCAGAUAAUCAAGCACCUACAUCAGAGACAUCUAUGCCUUGUUCUGAUUCUCCUAAUUCUUUGCCUAUAAAUGAAAUAGAAAUUCCACCAGAAACUGAGAUGGAUAACCCUCCAAUCAUAGUUGAUGCUCCAAAAGAGCCUCAUGUUCAAGCUGAUCCUGGAUUACGUCAGUUAAUUUGUACAUUGACGGUGAACGAACAAGAUCUUAUUCGAAGACGGUAUCUCCUUAUGGGACCUUGUCAACCCAAGUUACAAAAUUAUCCACAAACUUUUGAUGGACGUGAUAAGCGCCGUUUUCAAUAUAAAUGGUUUACACUAUAUCCUUGGUUGGAGUAUUCAGAAGCUAGAGAUAGAGUGUUCUGCUUUCCUUGCUUCCUUUUUGAAAAAAAUCCACCAAGGCAUCCUUUAUUCACUGUUGAAGGGUGCUGCAAUUGGAGUAGAAUGUUGGCAGGAAAGAAAGGAAUUUGUGAACAGCAUACAGGACUAUUAAAUUCUGCUCAUCGAAAGAAUGUUCAAAGUUGGGCUAAUUUAUUGAGAACUUCUCAACACAUUGAUAGAGUGAUUGACAAACUUCCACCAGAAAUUGUAAGGCAGAAUAGGUUGCGUUUGAAGACAACAAUAGAAGCUGUGAAGUAUCUUGGAAAAGAAGGCUUGCCUUUUAGUGGCCAUGAUGAAUCUUCUAACUCUAGUAGUAGAGGGCAUUUCAUUGAGUUGAUAAAGGGUUAUGCAGAUAUGAAUGAUGAGAUUGCAAAAGUUGUUCUUGAAAAUGCUCCCAAGCAUGCCAUGUACAUUGCACCAUCAAUUCAGAAGGAGAUUCUAGAUAUCAUUGCUACCAAAAUUCGGAAUACAAUUCGUCAAGAAAUUGGAGAUGCCAAGUUUUGUAUCCUAGUUGAUGAAUCACUUGAUGUAUCUCAUAAGGAGCAAAUGGCAAUUAUUCUCAGGUUUGUUGAUGAAGAUGGAUUUAUUCAAGAAAGGUACUUGGAAAUUGUAAGUGUUGAAGACACUACUUCUGUUAAUCUCAAAAAACAUAUAUGUAGUGUGCUUUCUAGAAACAAUCUCCAAGUGCAAAAUAUUCGUGGUCAAGGAUACGAUGGAGCUAGCAAUAUGCGUGGUCAAUUUCAUGGAUUGAAAACGUUAUUCCUUCAUGACUGCCCUUAUGCCUAUUAUGUUCACUGCUUCGCUCACCGAUUACAGUUAGCUUUGAAUGCAUGUGCUAGAGAUGUUCCUGAUAUGCAAUUGUUUUUUCAAAUGCUAAGCUCCAUUGUUGGUUUUGUUAGCUCUUCAUCGAAGCGUACAAAUCUGUUAAAAGAUAUCCAAGAAGCAGAAAUUGCAGAAAGUUUAGCAGAUGGAGAUCUUGAGACUGGAAAAGGGCUCAACCAAAUUCGUAGUUUGAAAAGAGCAGGUAUGACUCGAUGGGGUUCUCACUUUGCUUCGGUUAAUACGUUAGUUCACGUGUUUAAAGAAAUUACUCAACUUCUUCAAAGUAUGAUGACUGAUAAAGAGCUCACUGGAAGUGUAAGAGGUGAUGCAAAAGGUUUCCUUAAGGCCUUGAGAGCAUUUGAAUUUGUGUUUUGUUUGCUGCUCACUAACAAAAUUAUGGGAAUUACUGAUUUACUUUCUCAAGCCUUGCAGAAGCAAUCACAAGACAUUGUUAAUGCCAUGAAUUUGGUUUCAAGUACAAGGGAACUUCAAGCAUUGAGGGAUGAUGGUUGGGAUAGCUUUUUCCAAAGUGUCCUACAAUUUGGUGAAGAUCAUGGUCUUGAAAUGCCUAAUAUGGAUACAGCUUAUUCAAUGGGUACUGGUCGUGGUUGUCAACAACAUGAUGUUGUUACGAAUGAACAUUAUUAUCAUUUUGACAUGUUUAAUGUGAUUAUUGAUGUUCAAAUGAUGGAGCUAAAUGACAGGUUCACUGAGCAAGCUAUAGAACUACUUAUUUUGAGCUCUGCAUUGGAUUCCAAAAAUCAAUUUAAGAAGUUUGAGAUGGACAAGAUUUGCAAACUUGCAGAGAAGUUUUAUCCUGAAGACUUUGAUACAUCAGAGGUAAGAGCUUUAAGGUUACAAUUAGAGCAUUAUAAGUGUCAAGUAGUUUCUAAUAGAGAAUUUCAGAAAUUGUCUUCUCUUGCACAAUUAUGUAGACAAUUAGUUGAAACAAACUUGGCGAAUCUUUUUCCCUUGGUUGAUAGAUUGAUUCGUUUAGUCUUGACACUUCCUGUUUCCACUGCAACUACUGAACGUGCAUUUUCAGCUAUGAAAAUUAUAAAAACUAGGCUUAGAAACAAGAUGGAAGACGGAUACCUUUCAGAUUGUAUGAUGCUCCACAUUGAAAAAGGAUAUGUAGACGGUAUUGAUUCAGAGACAGUGAUUGAUCAUUUUGAGUCUACUGGAGAUCGUAGGGCACAAUUCAGAUAG